CCUAGACAGAAGAAAGAAAGACAGAGAGAGAGAGAGAGAGAGAGAGAGAGAGAGAGAGAGAGAGAGAGAGAGAGAGGGAGAGAGAGGUGUAGUCGGUUAAGUAUAUAUGGAAAUGUCAAUGGCGGCGUUAGAAGUGAGGAGUCCCUUUAAGACUCCAUGUCUGAUUUCGAGGCAGGUAAGUAAUGGGUGCUUAAGGCCGUGGGGAACAGUCGCUAGCGAGAGAUGGUGGACCUCUUCAUUCUCCUCGUUCUCCUCAUUCUCCUCCUCGUCUUCAUCAUCAUCGUCGUCGUGUUCUUUUCCGUCAUCUCCCUCUGUCGCCGCCAUAGCUAGAAAAUCCCUAAGCAUUGGCAUCACGACACGUGGAACAUUUCCGCAAAUCGCAGAGAUUUAUUGUCGUACCUCAUCGUGGAACCUUGAUGGGUUCUUCUUCGAGAUUCCUGUCAGGGAAUUGCCGAGCAGCAGGAGGGGAAGAGGGAGAGGGAGCUACCAGAUGAGACCAAGAUCAACGGGUAAGAAAAGCCCACGUUUUUCGCCGAUCGAGAUCGAGAUGUCGGGGACGAUGAGGGCGUUGUCGACAUUAUCAAGAUUAUCGACAGUCUCGAGGAGGACAGACGCCAUAGCCUGGUGCUUGUCGAGCUCUCGAGCUAUGUCGGCGGCGGGUGAUGAUGACCAUCUCCAUCGUCGCAGCAUUGGCAGCAGCGUCGCCACACAAAGCACGACGAUGAGCGGCGACAGGAGCAUCUCGUCUUGCUGCUUCUGCAUUGACGGGAACUGCGCGCGCUGGUGGUCCGGGGGAGCAGCGGCGGCAGCGGCGGCAACGACUCCAGGACGAGCGCGUCUACUACGUCUGCGCUCGUCGGCGAGGUGCAGGAGAUCCCGACGAACACGUCUACUUCUGCGCUCGUCGGGAUCGGAAUCGGGAUCGCGAUCGGCAUGUCAGGUUUCCCCGUACAUCAGCGACAGCGGCGGAACCGGACCUUCUUCUUCUUCUUCUUCCACGUGGCUUCAUCGUGAUCGUUGUGGGCGCGCGUCCGCCAUAGCCAUAGCUGACGUCAUAGCCAGACUUAGGGGGGCCCCAAGCUGCGGGCGAAGGAUAUGGCGCUCGUCCUCUUCUUCCCCAUGGAGAAGGAACUUGGCUCGAAGCCCUGAGGGUGGUAGCUCUACCUCCUCCUCCUUUUCUACUUCCUCCUCCUCCUCCUCCUCCUCCUCCUCCGCUGGCCCCUCCCCAUUUACCGAGAUGUAUCAUAUCCCUCCCACCAAAGGUCGUGGGAUCAUCUCUCCUCCGUCAUCUCCUUGCCCUGUGGAAGAUCAACGAGAACAAUGUUCUUUUCCAGAAGAUGAUGGGGAACAAGGUUAUCCUGCAAGCAAAGAAGAAGGGAAUCGAGAGGGUUCAAUUUGUCGUUUAGUGAGUGAGACUCUGAGGUUAAUAUCACUCCCGGUUGAAAAUAAUUGGGGGAGGGAGAAGCACCAAGGAGGAGGAGGAGGAGGAGAAGGAGGAGGAGGAGAAGGAGGAGGAGGAGGAGGGGAGAAGGUAGCUGAGAAGAGUAACGAAGAUCGGGAUCGCGAGAUUAGGUUACCCGAAGUGGAAAGUGUGUUGCAGAUGUUGAAGGAAAGAUGGCGGGAAGAGGAGAAGAGGGAGGGGAAAGCCCAGGAGAGGGGGAAGAAGCGGGGGCCGGGCCACGUGUACCUGGUCGGUACAGGUCCCGGCGAUCCCGAAUUGCUGACAGUGAAGGCGCUGCGCCUCAUGCAAUCGGCAGAUCUCGUUCUCUACGAUCGACUUGUAUCAACGGAUAUCAUUGAUCUUGUCCAUCCCGGCGCCAGGCUUCUGUAUGUGGGCAAGACGUCGGGAUUUCACAGCCGCUCUCAGGACGAGAUCCACGAGCUCUUGCUGGCUUUUGCAGAAGCGGGUGCAACAGUCUUACGACUAAAAGGUGGCGACCCACUGGUGUUUGGACGAGGAGGCGAGGAGAUGGAUUUUCUGGAGCAUGAGGGCAUCCGGGUGGAGAUCGUUCCAGGUAUAACUGCAGCUUCGGGGAUAAGUGCAGCCCUCGGCAUACCGCUAACCCAUAGGGGACUUGCCACAAGUGUGCGUCUGUUGACAGGUCACUCUCGCGAUGGCGGUCAGGACCCAUUGUUCAUUGCUGAGAAUGCGGGAGAUAUCGACACGACACUGGUGAUCUACAUGGGCCUGGGAACCCUUCCGGCGCUCGUCUGCAAGCUGAUCUCAGGGGGACUUCCUGGAUCUACUCCAUCUGUGGCUGUGGAGCGCGGCACAACUCCUCAAGAGCGCGUCGUGUUUGCACCAGUGGUGGAUCUCCCCAAGGCAGUCGAAGAAGCCAAGUUGGUCUCGCCAACGCUGAUCGUCAUAGGGAGGGUUGUUGCCUUAUCUCACUUAUGGAGCGAUGGUCAUGUCGUCGUUAUCAAUAAUCACACGGUGCAGAGUUCAUCCGUGUCGGCAUCAUCCUUGGCAGAGAAAGGAUCGGUGCAGAAAGACAGUACUUCGCAUGAUGUUUGCGAGGGGUCCUCCUCAUCCGCUUAACGAGCACGGCGAUAAGCGUGGAGACGUCGACGACGAGAGCAUCACAGCUUCCGUGUCGACGUCGGAAAAGGAAGAGUAAGUAGUCGACUGAGGCAAUGAUGUCAUUCCACCUUGUCGAAAGCAGGUUCCAAUUGUUUCCCCCUACCUCGCCAAAGAAAAAGAACGACGAGUCGUAACCACCAUCUCGCAUUUGAGGGGGCUCAUCCCUUGAAGAGCACCAGUACUUGACCCCCAUACUUCGACCCCGAGCCCUUGUCGUCCACGCGCUGCAUUAAAGCACCAGUACUUGGCCCCCAUACUUCGGCCCCGAGCCCUUGUCAUACACGUGCCGCGUUAAAGCACCGGUACCACUUCGGAGGCCGCCAGUUUCUUUUUUCAAGGGCAGGCCUGGCCACGCGGCGCCUCCGACUUUUGGUUGUGGCAACAAAAAAAAAUUUGCAAGGCUGGGGCCGUGUACUAGCGGUUUAAGCGGGCUUCGGGCCUACCGGACCACAAAAAAGGCCAGCGGCGCCAGGCAAACGAGAAAAAAAAAAAAAAAAAAAGUCCCGCUGGCGGUUUGAAAAAGCUUGGCGGGCAGGGCGUUUCCAGCAUCAAAGAAAUGUCCCUCGGGGUACUGGUGGUUGAAAGAGCACCAGCAAAAGCAGGGGGAUGUGGACGACGAGGAGAUCAUCAUGGCUCCCUUGUCGCCGCGACUCGCCGGUGUCGGAAAAGGAAGAGCGAGUCGUCGACCGACGUACAACCGUGUUCCAUCUUGUGACCUUGUCGAAAGCAGGUUCAUUAUUUUUGUCGGAAGAGCGAGUAGUCGACCGUCGGCCUUUCUUUUUCGUAAAAUGGGAUGGCCCUGCCCAAAAAGAAAGGACGACGACGACGACGAUGACGACUCGUAUAUUGUUUUGUCACACUUGCCAAAACGAAAGGACGACGACGACGACGAUGACGACUCGUAUAUUGUUUUGUCACGCUUGCCAAAACGAAAGGACGACGACUCGUACAUGGCAAAAUGCCCAUCCCAUCUGCCAGUGGCUGAAUGGUGCACACUACUGCACAUAUGUAAACUCUUUAGUAAACAGUUCACGAGUUU